GACGUCAUGACUAGGCCAGUAGAUCAGGAGGUAGUGUGCCCCCCUGGUUUUGUUCCUGGUGUACAGGACUGCCGCCCCCUUCUGUACAAUUUCACGGUAAUGCGGUCACUCGUUCUCUUACAUUUUGAACCGUGUGGCUGGGUUCCAACUCCUAGAGAUGGCUGUGGUGAUAUCAUACGAGAUGGUCGACUGGGAGCUGUAGUAAGAGCUGCACAGGCACAGGCUUUUACCUGUGGUCAGAAACGCGACGCGGAUAACACGUCCAUCAUCUUUGUCCUUGGAACAAUGGUCACUCUACGCGUGAGACUAGCCGACUACGAGGAAGGUCGCAACAUGUUCGACCAAGUACAAGCAUGGAUGGAAAACGCUCUGCAAAACGUGCAGUUGAAGAUAUCCGGAGAACCAGUGGGUAUACGCUCAGGAUCGUUCUCUGCCUGCAUGAAGAACGCCACGAUCCACAGCUCCGUGCCGCCAUUUUAUGGAGCCACCACGCUGUCAACCCCGAAGCAGAGCCAAGGAAACAGUCUUGUCGGUAACGUUACACUUUUGAUGUUAGUGGCGCUGGUGGCAGCGGUGUGGGAUAUCUAACUAUGGGUUAGAUCAUAUAAGAAUGAUAUAGGAUUGGGCACUACUUUGACUUAUCAAUCUAUAGACGGAUAUCUAAGAUUUUUCAUUGUUGUUUUGUAAUUUAUCGUUUUUAGUUAUUAUCAAGUUUUAAAAACAGUUACAGUUUUACGAUUCAGCAAAUUUAUUCUGAAAUAGUUUUGUGGACGUCAUGACCCCCGCCAACGAGCUUCCGUUUUGCCCUUGAUUUGUUUUCAAGUUAACAGCCUAACUCAAAAAGUUAUGGACCCAUUUUGAUAAACUGUUUAGGAUAAGUCAGAAAUGGACCCGCUUAGAAGCGAUUACAUUUUGGUGGCGGUUCUUUGUUUGAUUAAUGAAUAUUGAGAAGUGAUCCGCAUUUGGCGGUGGAGUAUUGCGGGGGUUUUGAGUGCUCUUUAGUUUGGGUUAUCAUGACGCUUUAUUCUGUAUUCAAUGAGAAUAAUUCGUGCAUGCAGCAGACUAGAGUUAUAUACAGUACAAGAGACCAUACCAAAGUUCUAACAUAAGAGUCUUGUUUGACAGUACAGAUAUGUGUAUAAAACUGGCAAGAGUGAAUUUCUAGUGAAAUAUCAAUUUUUGGUCCUGAUAGAGAGUAAAGGAUUAUAGCUUUGGUUCUCUUUUUGAUUCACUGCUAAAACAGUCACAGGUCUUGUGCUAGUAGUGUAUGUUUGGUAUUAUAAAUGUAAAUUCAUCUUUGUGAGAUAGUUAAACUAUAUAGCAUGAUUUUCUUCAUAAUUAAGUAAUUUGCUAUCAAUUUGAUGAAUAAAAAUUAGACGACUUAGAGGUCGAUAAUUUGCAAAAGGCAAUGCAUUAAUUCCAUGUACAUGUAAUUAUGCAUUCUUCUCAAUUUUUUCGGAAACUGAACAAAUUGCAUGAAUUUAUUGCAUCAUCCCAAGAACAUUGUGUAUGGAUUUAUGAUUAAUCGAUUAUUUGAUGAUUGGUGUAAGGUACAUUUCAGGUUAUCUCGAUUACAUUAUUUUAUUUAAGUUAAGCGUAAAUUAUAGUAGGAGAAUAUUUUUACAAAUCCUGGAUUACAUUGGCCUCAUUGGUAUACGAUUUUCCGUGCAAUUUUUUGACGUCAUUAAUGGCUACGGCGAAAAUUUUACUUUACGCGCGAGAGCCGUGCCUUUUUUCCGACAUGACCUUGAGGUCAAGUAAAAA